AGACAUAAACAACAACCUGACAUUGCGUGUGUACGCGCUGCAUGUUGCUGGAUUCCCUUGCAGAAAUGUGGAGAAGUUAGCGCAGUUUUCAAUCCACAGGUGGAAACGUGGAACAACCGACAAGUCGUUGUCAUUCAUAAUCUAAUCAAAUACAAUGGAAAUCGGUCCUGAAUUAUGUUUUUGGAACGAGAGCUCAAGGUCACACCAAAAUGGAGCCCAAACAUCAGCUCAGUCCUUCGUUGGCCCUUCAAUCUACGCGCAAAACCCUCCAAGCUUCCGCGUACCCCACCUUGCUGGGGUUGUUCUGGAACUUGAAUCCGAGAGUGACAAUGAUAGUGACAAUGAGGUGAAAUGGCGAGACAGUACAAUAGAAUUCCGUAGAUCUGACAUUGAAGAGACUGUGAAGAAAGCACCUGCACAACUUGGCGUGCAGGAACCGACAAAGUCCCAACCGAAUAUUGCCACCACUACCACCCAAGUCGACAUCUUCCACCGAAACGUUGAUGUGGAGGACUCAGCGGGCGCAGAUACUCUAGUUACACAAGAAACCACUGUAUCCAACGUCAGUGAGGUUAUGGAUGUCUCCAAAGCGGCUAAUCAGAGUACCACCGAGGCAAGGGUUCAAGACCAACCCGUUAACAGUGACAAGGAGAAUAACGUGGACAGUGGUUCAUUGGACAAACCAACCGUGGAAAGUGAUGAGGGACCUGGCAGAAUCAAUCAAACAUCGCUUAGUUUGACAGUCCCACUUACCGUUGGCUCCAUUCCUACGAGCCCCGAAAUGUCACAUCGUAGCAGAGGAUCAAACUUUCAGUCUAAGGUGACUGCACUACCUAUCGGAGAGAGUGAAACACCCAGAAUCAAUCGUCUAUCCAAUGGUGUUCAAUGUGUAAUAUGUGCCCGAAAUUUUGUCGACAGACGUUCAAGGAACAUUCAUAUGACUAAAGCUCACUUGGGCAAGACCGCGUUGUCAUCAGGAAUGAGUACCGGAUUAAAAUGGCUGUCCUGUGCAGCUACACUUCCAGAGAACCAUAGCGCCGUCGCCGCCACCACCGCCAACAACAACUGCAGAAACGUCAACCCACUACCCUGCUUGCAGACCAGCGAGGAGCAAGAUGCCACAAUAAUUGAAGGUUAUAGUUUACCUGCGCUGGAUACACAGGACACAACAAGACCACCUUCGAGAUCAGCUGCGGAAAAUGACCUUGGAUCGAACGAAUCCACCGGCAGUCACAAUCAUCACUCACCUUCAUCACUGUCUCAUUCGGCCAUUCCGACUAGCCCACAGUCUGUUGUUUCAAACAGCUCAUCCCACACUAAAACGCGCCUAUCCUAUGCAGUCUCACCAUCUCUAAACACGCCAGAUGCGGGAUGCUUGAAACUGCGACUGGUUUCGGUUGGGAAUACAGGCUCGAAAAAAUCCGACCAAUGGGAUCGGUCGCCUCAGAUGGAUCACGCAAGGACCCCGGGUUUCGCAGAUUCGUGCUCCACGGACAAUACCGAACCUCUUGGGGAACUUGAAGAAGGGACGAAAGAAGACUCUCCACCCAGAAAAAUUGUAAGGCGAACAAGAGGCACAACAGGGAAACCCAGCCCGGAACGUUAUAAUUUCCAAGAAAGUCCACUUCACCAACAGGCCGUCAGUCGAUCCACACCAGAAAAGUCUCGAACAAGCGUACCACGUACCAGGUACUCCGAAAUGGACCAAGGAUCACAGGUCAAAUCAUUGAGAUCUUGCGUUAUAGCUUCAAGACAGCAAUCGUCGUCUUCAUCGUCACCAAGCCUACCAUUAUCAUCAUCAUCAUCGCAACACCAGCAGCGCUCAGCGAGUCUCAAAGAAUUAAGCAAACUUCAAGCUAGACGCCCAACUAUGGAUACCAGUUUACGCACACCUGAGGGACUGUACAAGUGUCGAAUAUGCAAACGCCUUUUCCCCAAUCGUUUCUCUCUGACCGGACACUACAAAUCACAUUACAAUUCCAGCCAGAAGCCAUAUAACUGUGACGACUGUGGACAGCGCUACACUUCUCCAAGCAAUCUGCAUUACCAUCGAGCUCGAAACUGCCCGAUCUUGAAGCUGCGUGAUGUCAAAAACGGAAAAGUCACGCCGAAAUCAGACAGGAGUUUUAAGUUGAUUCAGACGAAAGCAAUAAAAGCGGCCGAACGCCAGGCACUGUCUAGGACACACGAAACAAGAACAGAGGGGAUGACUGCAUACGACACCCUUGCCACUGAAGUGCACACAAGCGCAGUGUGUCGUCGUUCCAACGCAACGUGUCAGUCAGUGAAAAGAGAUCAGCCUCUUUGCCCCAGACAGAGACUGCUGUUAGAAUCACCUGACAGUCAUGAAGGGGCUAAUUCAAACAACCUAUGUAAUGCAAUUCCCCCGCCUAUGCAACAAGUCGUUGGUUCCGACCCACCAAGAAUACCAUGUAUAGCUCCAUUGAGGACGGAUUCCUCGGUCCCGUCGGCUUUCAAGUCGAAUAUCCCAAAGACUCCGUUUGAGCCACCUCCUACUUCAACUCAAGCGCUUGAAGAAUCGCCACAAUCGAAUAAUUCCUUAUCAUAUUUACAUGAACAACUCCGUCAUUUGUUGGAACAGGCUUGUCAAUCAGAUGAAGCACGCCAGAAAAUUUUAGCCUUUACAUCCCUGGCGCUAUUAUCUGCUUUAGGUCCUCUCUCCAAGCCUGAACAAGCUGAGGCAAGUAGUCUACCAAACUCCGUGUUUGAAGCGCUCUUUUCGCGCUUUCCUGGAUUGCUCAAUUCACCGGAAUGUGGAACACAUGUGUCAGCUAGGGACGCUGCGCACAAAGAAGACCUCAGGCAACGAGAACCUCCCUCAACCAGUGCCAAAUCACCUUUGUGCACCAACAGAACAAAUGUCGCGCAAUCCCCAAUAGAACACAGGCCAGUUGAAAAGCCCAGUCCCGGCUAUAUGUGCCAGCACUGCCGCAAUCCACAAGUAUUUUCAGAUCUUACAAGUUUUGAAGCUCACCUAUUUCUUGUACAUAGUAACCGAAGCAGCCGUACUCCGAAUUCAUCAAGCGGACAUUCUUCUUCUCCUAUAACUUCGAGCACCACGUUCCAAGCGAACUCUCAAGGUCCUCCGGUUGGAUCGAACGCAAGCAAUCACGAACAGCCCACAAGGCCCACUAGCAACACACUAGGGGCUUCUCCGACGUCGUUCUUUUUGAAGUGUUCCGAAUGUGAUCAGCCGUUUUCAUCCUUCACCGACUGUCAACUACAUUUCACCAAAAUGCAUCAAAGCUAUGGAUUACAACGAAUUUGAAUACAAGGAGUCUUAGAAAUCCCAUAUUCACUUGUUGAAUAUCACAAUUUUGUGGUCGACGCGGAAGCACAUGGUAGGUCAAUGCUUUGGAUGGACAGGCACCUGAGAAGCGCCACUGUAGAUAAUGCAUUCACUAAUGUAUCUAAAACUGCGCCAUACGGAUUGCGGUUUCCUUCUUUCGAGGCUGAUAAGACCACUCCGAGAUGUUCGUAUACCAGCUGAAACUGUACAAAUGUUGAAUUUGCAUUUUUCAGUUUUGUUUUAUCUUCUUUUUAUCCAUUCCUGAAUUGAUUUCUUCUACUUGCAACGAAA